UUUGUAUUUUUUAUUAAUGACGCUCUGCUGCCAUAUUAAGAAAAUGAUUUAAAAUGAAAAAACAUUAUUUAAGGUUUAACUUUACCUUUUUAUUUACCUCUAAGAAUUACAAAAACAUUUUUAUAGAACCUACUUUGUGCAAGCAAGGUGACAGACAGAGAGAGAGAGAGAUGUUGCCAGUAAAAUAAAAAUAUUAAAUGUAUACCAUAUCUCAACAGUUUUCAAAGUAAACUGUUUCACGUGCAUAUGUAUCUAUUUUGUUCGGAGGACACAAAAGGACCAUGGGCAAAAAUGUAUGAAGCUUGGGCUCACCCACCAACAGAGAUGAGACCACUAUGAAUAUACUUGUAAAGCACUAAAUAUAAAGAUUUAAACUCUUUCAGUGUGCCCACUUUAGCAGUUUUCAUCAUUCUUUUUUUCAUUUUAUCACCCUGGCCAUAUGGAUGCUCUUUCAUAGACCACUCAAAACAUUUAACUUCAAUUUCUUCCUGAUCAUCACUAGCUGAUUUUUUUUUAUCUGCGCAAAUAUCGCAUUCUCCAAACAUACAUUCUUUAGACUUAAAAUCACAAUGAAAGUCUGAAGUGAUGUCAUUUAAGCUUUCUUUCUCCUGGAGAAAUCCCUGUGAUUUUAAUGUAUCCACCAAAAAUUGCAUAUUUGAGUGCUUCACACAGACACAUGUUUCACAGUUCCUUAUUUUGGGAGGUAAGACGUGUAAAAGCGACGAUGUUCGAGAUGUUCCUUUGGAGAAAGUUGGUUUUGGUAAUUGCAAAACUACACCUCUAACAUCCACACUUGCUUUGUCUUCCAAAAUUGGAAAUAUAAACUUAGAAGACAUUAUACUUAAAUAGAGCUUCAGGAAACCUCCAAUAUUUAUGUGUUCAGGAUUAACUAGUUCUUCCCUGUGUUUCGGAUGGCACGUUAAACUGUAGGUCCCGGCUGUCAUUGAACAUCCUUGGCAGCUGUUACGGGUAGUCAGAAGCCAGUAAGUCAGAUACCAGUCUAACCAAGGGGUAUCCGGUUGCCCGGGUAACUGGGUUGAGGAGGUCAGAUAGGCAGUCGCUUCUUGUCAAGCACUGGUACUCAGCUGGACCCCAACAUGAUUGGGAAAAGGCUCGGAGGAUGAUGAUUAACUAGUUUUUCAUUAAUUACCUCUUCUUCUGAUUCCGACGGGGCAUUUCGAUGUCUUCACUAUCACUAUUCACUCGUCAUCACAACUUCUUCUUGACUAGAAUCGGAAUAUAUUUCUGCAGGCAAAGAAGUCACUCUUUUUUUCUUUUUUGGCUCAGUUAAUCCUAACAGAUUUUUCGCUGACUUCAAUUCUCUCGCUUGCUGUUUUGCUUUUUGUUAUUCUCUUUUCUUUUUCUUUUCAUUCAAAACUCUCUUCUGUUCAAUGGCAUUAGGGGGACAAAUUUUGAAACAAUACUCCUCUUUCUUCGAUGAUUUCACCCCUCAGGGGAUAGUAUUUGAAAGUGGAGGAAUAGUGUUGACAUUAAAUUUCUUCAUCAAGAAGUUCAGUUCUUGGUAAGACUCAUCAAAAUCUGUUUUAUAGAACAGAUUUCGCGAUCCUUUGACAAACUGAGGUUCAAACACUGGGUUUAGCAAAAAUGUGCUGAGGGCUGAAUCAUCAUUUGUGUUACGCCGUGGAACUCGUUUCUUUUUCACCCAUUGGUAUGAUUUUUGCACUUCGAUAACGUCUAUGUUCUUUCUACAGUUCGCUAUAAUAGACUUGUAGUCCUCGUAAUCAUAAACUCCAUCUCGACGCCUCAUCUCUUUUUCUAUAUUUCCGUGUACGCCGUCAGCAGACAUGGGUAUGGCCUUUAGUAAGAAAUCUGAGAGUGAUAGUAUCAAUAUUAAUGCACUCAGAAUUAACAACCAUUACCAGCGCUGUAAAUAAAAACCAGUUUUUAUUUUGUCCAGUGCAAUAAACGGUAUAUUUGUUUUCUUGUUUUUUGAAUAAUAGUUUUUACACAACUUUUUAUUAUUAUUGAUAGCAUUUUCGUACAUACGCCGCAACCUUCUAAUAGUUAAUACAUGCUUUUUGCUCAUACAUAUAUUAAUAGGUGUUUUAGAGGAUGUAGGUUCAUUAUUCUUAGUUUGGUCCUUUUUAAGGUCAGUCUUUUUUUAAAAAUUACAAAUUCCCAACUAGGGUCAUUCAAUCGCGGAGAAUCUCAACACCGCGAUUCGUGAUUUGCAUAAAAAUGCACAACGCCAUCUAUGUUGACAUAAUGGAACUAAAAUACUUAAACUAACAUAGAAUCUUGUACAACAUGAAUCAUCUUAAAAUUCUUCAAAAUUUAUUUCUCUUGAACUGGUGGCCGGUUGCAAUUCUGAUUGUGUCUCAGAAGGUGACAGGGCUAUGGGCUGUACAGAAUUGCCGAUUUUUUGCGCAGGUGAUGGCAUCGUUGGAGAGUCCACAUAAUUAAAAUUUUCAUUUUCCUUGUCAUCUUGUAAGGUUAACAUCCUCAUUGGCAUUCUACGUGCAUGUCUACUGUCCACAAUUUCCGGUAAUAAACACUUCAUGUAAAAUUUGACCAGCUUUGACUCCAUUUGUGUCUUCCAGAAAUUAUCUACUAUCCCUUUCGAUACGUUCUGUAAGCAAGGGUUCAUUUUCUCCACCCCAGAUGCCGAGCAGACAAAAUCGUCUUUCAGUAACGUGAAGCUGUCCUUGUAUUUGAUAAAACCAGUUUGAUUUUUUAUUUAUUUCGUAUUUUAAAAUUUGUAUCUUGUUUUGCUGUACUGCACUAGUUAGAUUUUUUUUUACGGCAGUUAUCAUCGCCUACUAAUCCGUCAGGAGUGGCUCCAAUAAAUGGAUAACUCCUAUCAAUGAACAAACCGCAAGACAUAAUACUUAUAUUUUCUUGCUUUUCAAGUUGUUGAAGUGCUUGCCUUUCGUUAAGUAUAAUUGUGGAUCAGUAAUCUUCUUGAUUCCCAAUAAUUUAAAAUAUUUGUAUUAGAAGGAAGCAACGGUUCAUUAAGAAAAGCAAGCAAACUAAUCUGCAAAUUGUCAUUAUGAUUUAAAUGCGGUAAAUCUUGAUAUCGUUGCCUGAACUACGUUUACAAAAAAUUGUCAAGGUGGAGGAUGAAGUUGAUGGUAUGGGAUCAUCUGGAGUUUCAUUUUCUGUUUCUCUUACACUAACGGUCAAAUUUAACCUUAAAUAUCUUUGAUAAGUUUGGACUAAAUGGGCACGAGCUAAUUCCAGCUGCUGAUUUGACAACAUUGAAUUUACUCUCGGAUCUAGAUAAAUUGCAUCCAGAAAACAUUCAUUUUCAAGAAGAGUUUUCUCUCCUUCCCUCAUACAAAUGACUAAAAAUAUGGCAAAUACUGUGUUUAUAUUUUCUAUUUCUAGGAUACAUUUAAGCCAGGCAAGAUAGAAUCAUUUCUCAUCAAAUCAGAUAGAAUCAUCACUGAACAAAGAUAUUCAAUUAGGUCAACAUUUUAUACUUUGAAAGUAUUGAAAUAAACUAACUAUGAGUAGGUAGACUAGAUCCAUCAAACUACCUCAAACUCACCAGAUUCCCUCUUUCUGCGCUUGUGACUUUUGACACCUGUUUUUGUCCCUUUAAUGCCAAAACUUUGGCCGAUUUUUGAACAGUCAUAGUAUUUGUCUCGUCAAGGUUAUACACUCUAGUUCUGUUCGGAGCUCAGGUAGGUUGUAUUGAGUGGACUGUAUAUUGGUGAAUUACUGUUUUAAUCUUCAAGAAGUACAAUAGGUAUUUUAGUAGUGUAAACAUUCGUUGGUUGAACGCGAGACGCGAGUCGAACGCGAAGUGAAGCUCGCCGCCGCCGCUCGCCGCGUGCCGGCUUUCUCCCCCGCGCCCGCGCCUCAGCCGCCGCCAUCGCCCGCCGACAUGAUCACGCGGUUGAUGCGUGAACAGUUCCAUUCUCAAACAUUUCGUGUCGAGACAUUGCAGUUUCUAGGUUGUCAUAAAACAUAGUGACAUUAUGUCUAUUGAACGAUGUAGCCCGACUAAGGCUACACCUCUCAGGUGUCCUUAAAGUGAUGUUCGGAUGCCUUUUUCGAAAACCAUAUAGCCAUUCAACUCCUGCCUGCUUUGUAUCAUGCCAUUUCUGAGGUACUUCUAUAUUAUUAACGACAGCGGUUUCGUAAACAAUUUCGCAAGCAUAUUCUAAAGUAGAUAAACCACAAAAUACUUUGCAACAUUCUGCUAUAUAUUCAGCCAGAAUUUCUUCUUGGUCUGUGGUAAAUAUUUUACGCACACUGUAAUUAGGUGUUAGCUUUUCCGAACUUAACGGAUCUUCGUUGGUUGAUUUUUUUUAAUUUAUCGUUGUAUCUGACAACAUUAAAGAGCAAGGCCUUAAGACAAAAAUCCAGCUAAUUUAAUUUAAUAUGUUUAAAACAAGUGUUCAAAAAUAACCUUAAAAUUUAUUCUCGUACUUACCUAAUCUCGAGAUAGUCGCCGCGCGGCCUCCCGCUUCGAAACACUGCGAGCAACUAGUUAGGCGCGGGGGGCACCGCUAGGUCAUCAAACACACAAGCGCGUGAGUGUGUGCGUGCAAUACAUACAAAGUUAUGCAAAGUGAUUCACUGACUGUUACCCAUCUUCCCCUAACAUAUUCACUAUCUAUUUGAUCCGUUUCACUAUCGAAAUAAUGUUUCUACUGCGUGGAAUUUCCUUUUUGUAGGUUACGUUGAGGAGUCCGUACACGAAAUCAAGGUGUUCCUCCUCUCUGUGCCUAUUCGUCGGAAGUUGUGCUAGUAAAGCACGCUUCUCACACACAAAAGAAUCUUAUAUUUUCUUUAGUUUGUUUUUUUGCGAAACAUUCUAAAUAAAUCUCGUGCGGCUGCAUCUUUGGCGCAAACGAUGUUCUAAUUGCGUCUAGGGCUUGGUUCCACUUUUUUAUGUCACUUUUUACUCCGUUCCACAACGUAGCAGCAGUCCGAGUAAGCAACAACGUUAGGGUGCGUCCACAUCUGGCGAAUGCGCAGCACGCGAGCCGAUCGCGAGCUGUCCGCGAGCUGCGCGCGUGCAUUUUUGUUCGUGCGCCGCCCGCGCGCAGUUCGCGCGCGACCUAAGGCUAUUAAUAGACGUUCGAAUAUGGUGCGUUCGAACCGACGGACCGGACGGUGCGCUCGACACGCCACACCACCGCACCGCGUCAAAGACGGUCCAGUGCUUUCCGUGCAGUAGUGAUCACGUCGACAUGCCUCCAACGUUAACCAAACAAGCCAAAAUCGCGUUAGUUGCGGCAACCGUUGUAGCUAUUACACCUAUCAAAAAGGAGAGAAAAAAAAGAAAAGAAUGGGCAAAAUUCUAUUUAAAAGACAGAGAGUCAUACAGUCAUAUGCGACUUAUAAAAGACCUUGAUGAUGAAAAUUUUCGUAUAUAUCUUCGCAUGAGUUCCGAUUCAUUUGGUGAAUUGCUUGAACUUGUGAAACCAUAUGUAACUAAAACCAAUACAGUUAUGAGAAAAGCUGUAACAGCUGAAGAGAGAUUAGUGGCAACAUUAAAAUAUCUCGCGUCAGGGAGAGAAUUCAGAGAACUCAAAUUCGGUACAAGUAUAUCAUCGCAACUAUUGUCCGACAUAAUACCAGAGACUUGUGAAGCAAUCUGUAAAGUGCUUAAAAAUUAUAUAAAGGUUCCUGAAACAGAAAGUGAAUGGUUAAAAAUAGCAAAAGACUUUGAACAAAAAUGGCAUUUUAAUCAUUGUGUGGGUGCAAUUGAUGGAAAGCAUAUUCUUAUCGAAAAGCCACCGGACUCUGGUUCAACAUAUUAUAAUUACAAGGGAACAUUUAGCAUAGUUUUGCUUGGCAUUGUUAAUGCCAAUUACGAAUUUAUUUACGUAAACGCAGGUAUAAAUGGGAGUAUUUCUGAUGGUGGAGUAUUUAAUCAUACAUCGUUUCAUGAAAAGUUGUUGUCUGAUCAACUGAAUUUACCACGACCAUCUGUCUUGCCGUCAUCAGAUGUAGUUGCUCCAUAUUGUUUAGUUGCAGACAGUGCAUUUGCCAUGAAUGAAAAUCUUAUAAAGCCAUAUCCACAGAAAAACCUGACACAUGAUAAAAGAAUAUACAACUAUAGACUUUCCAGAGCUAGGAGAAUUGUUGAAAAUACAUUCGGUAUAUUAGCUGAACGCUUUAGGGUAUUCAAAAAACCCAUCACUAUUAAUGUUAAAAAUGUACCAAUAAUAGUAAUGGCUUCAUGUUUCCUGCACAAUUUUCUGCUAAAAAAGUCUGCAAAGUACGUCACGAGGAAUUGUGUCGAUCAGGAAGAUAAAUAGGAAAUAAUACUUUUCGAUCAGGAGAUUGGCGGAAAAAUGACAUCUCAGUAAAUCUCAAUAGAACAGAUAGACAACGUACCGCAGAUGGUAAUGCGGUUAGGCAGAUAUUUACAGAAUAUUUUAACAAUCAAGGCCGUGUUGAUUUUCAGGAAAGAAUGAUUAACGUACUAAAUAUUUAAGUACUUACUUGUCU